AUGGCGCCGCGUUUCCUGGCGUGCUUCGGCAGGGGCGGCGCGACGGCCUCGGCGCCGGAGCCUGUGGAGGACCUGGCCCCGGGCCCGGUGCUGGUGGAGCUCUUCUCCUCGCAGGGGUGCGCGGCGUCGCCUGAGGCGGACGCCCUGGUGGCGCGGCUGGCGCAGGAGUCCUCGGAGACCGGCGGCGGCGAGCGAGCGAUGGUGGUGCUGGGGUUCCACGUGGACUACUGGGACUACCGCGGGUGGAAGGACCCCUUCGCGUCCAGCGCCUGGACCGUGCGGCAGAAGGCGUACGUGGAGGCGCUCCGGCUGGACACGCUCUUCACGCCGCAGGUCGUCGUGCAGGGCCGCGCGGACUGCGUCGGCACCGAGCAGGACAAGCUCGCCCAGGCCGUCCGCGACGCGCCCCGCUACCCCUCGCCCGCCAUGAAGGUACGUACGCACGCACGCAUGCUGCAUGCACCCACCAGCUUAAUUGUUGACGGUGCUCUGAAGUCUGAACCGUGCGCCUCCCUCUGUGCUCUGCAGGUGAAGUUCCAGCGGCCGAACCCGAGCACGCUGCAGGCGUCCUUCACGGGCGCGCUCCACUCCCGCGUGGACGGCGGCGGGAGCGUGCUGGUGGCGCUGUACGAGAGCGGCGUGGUCACCGACUGCGGCCGGGGCGAGAACAAGAGCAAGUCGCUGCUCAACGACCACGUGGUGCGCCGGCUGGAGAAGGUGGCCGCCGUGCGCGACGGCACGUCCGCCAGGAAGGCCGUGUCCGGGUCCGUCCAGUUCCCGCUGUGGGACGACUUCCGCGCCACCAAGUGCGGCAUCGUCCUCUUCGUGCAGAACUCGGCGCUGCAGGUGCUCGGCGUCCAGCACUUCGACCUGCCCGACAGCGUCUGA